UGGUGAUGGGGGGGGGGGGGCAUGUGUAGCCAAGUGUUGGGACAGAAGACUUUCUCACAGAGUCCAAAGUUGGACAGUCUUGUAAACAUGAUGUACGUAUCUUGCAUUUUGGCGCUCGGGUUGUUUUCGUCUGCGCUGUGCACAGGUUUCCACGAGGGAGAGAACUUGUCAGACUUGAGGCAGCAGAGGGAGUUUGGCAGUGAUGGGGAGCGACACAGCUUAGAGAAGUGGGAGCUCUGGAAACGCAGCGCAGGACUGAAUGAACAGACAUGUACAGGUCUGCCUGGAGUAGAGUCAACCCUGCAUAACAACACCCAUUCUUUCACCUUCAAAGUGAGGACCAUGGGUUCACUGUCACUGGCCUGGGUGGGAGACGGAUCAGGGGUGCUGCUGGUCUUGACGACAUUUCAGGUGCCGUUGUUCAUGAUGCGUUUCGGCCAGUCUAACCUCUACAGGAGUGAAGACUAUGGGAAGACAUUCAAAGAUGUGACUCACCUGAUCAACCACACCUUCAUCCAGAGUGAGUUUGGCAUCGCCAUCAGUCCUGACCACUCUGGCAAGGUGAUGCUCACUGGUGAUGUGUCAGAAAUCGGGGGGUUUAGACUGUUUCGCUCAAUGGACUUUGGCAUGACCUUUGUUCCAACUGACCUGCCGUUUGAGCCCGUCAUUCAAAUGCUGUACAACCCUGGAGACGGCAACACACUUCUGACGCUCAGUAUCACGAUGGACCUGUGGCUGUCUGAGGACUUUGGUGCCACCUGGAGGAAGAUCCAUGACAGUGUUUGUUUGGUCAGAUGGGGCCCAAAAAACAGCAUCUACUUUACAACAAACUACAACGGAUCAUGCAAUGAUAAAGGAAUGUUGGAGUUAAUGAAGACUGCAGACUAUGGUCGAAGUUUCCAGACCAUCGCAACAAGAGUUUACUCCUUUGUACUGGGAGGGCGCUUUGUUUUUGCUUCCAUCAUGACUGGCACAGGUACAGAGCGUAUGAUCCAUGUGUCAGUGGACGGAGGUGAGGUGUGGAACAUGGCUCAGCUUCCUACAGUUAACCACGAGCAGUUCUACUCCAUCCUGACAGCCAGUCAGGACAUGAUAUUCAUGCACGUGGACGACCCUGGAGACUCCGGUGUUGGAACCAUCUACAUAUCAGAUGACAGAGGAACCGUGUUCUCCAAAUCUCUGGAGCGCCAUCUUUACACGACCACAGGAAGUGACACUGACUUCACCGCCAUUACUUCACUGAGGGGCGUCUACAUGACCAGCGUACUCACAGAGGAUGGUGCAGUGGAGACAGUGAUCACCUUUGACCAAGGAGCAAAAUGGCAGACGCUGCGCAGACCACAGAACAGCCACUGUGACACUGAAACCUCUACUAACAGGCCUAACCGAUGCAGACUUCACAUCCACGGCUCCUACAGCACCACCAUGAAGAUGAACGUCCCCAUGCUGCCUCUCUCACAGCCCACUGCAGUGGGCCUCAUUCUGGCCCAUGGCAGCGUUGGAGACGCAGAGUCAGCUCUCUCCCCUGACGUGUAUGUGUCUGAUGACGGGGGCUACUCGUGGCUGUUGGCUCUCAGGGGCCCCCAUCAUUAUGCUAUACUGGACUCUGGAGGGCUGCUUGUGGCUGUGGAGUACACCAACUCACCUGUCCACCAGAUCAAAUUUUCAACAGAUGAGGGGCAGUGCUGGCAUACGUAUAACUUCACCAGUGACCCGCUUCACUUCAGUGGUAUGGACAGUGAGCCCGGCUCUCGCUCCAUGAACGUCAGCCUGUGGGGCUACAGGAACGACUUCAGUAAAUGGGUGGUGAUCACCAUAGACUUCAGGAAGCUCCUCACCAGAGACUGUACUGAAGGGGACUAUGUGCAGUGGCUGGCUCACUCUGCAGACCCCAGUGGAUCUCAUGAUGGCUGUGUGCUGGGCUAUAAGGAGACCUUCUUACGCCUGAGGAAAGAUUCCGUUUGCUGGAACGGGAGGGACUACGCUGUCACUAAGAAGCUGUCUCCCUGUCCAUGUACAGUGGAUGAUUAUCACUGUGACUUUGGAUAUCACCGGCCAGAGAACAGCUCAGAGUGUGUGGAGCAGGAGGAGAUGAAGGGCCGUCCUCUGGAGUUCUGUUUAAAUGGGACCACUGAACAGCUACAGACCAGCGGUUACCGGAAGAUUCCAGGAGACCAGUGUGAGGGAGGUUUCCAGCCAGACAGGAAGGAGACAGACCUGAGGCGGAAGUGCACCAGCAACGCCCUUUAUCCCAAUUCUCUGACUGAAAACAGUUCACCAAACACUGCUGUCAUAGUGAUGGUUGUCAUAGUGAUCCUUCUGACGAGUGCUGUUGCAGGCGUUUGGCUGGUUAAGAAAUAUGUCUGUGGAGGACGGUUCCUUGUGCAGCGAUACUCUGUUAUGAGGGAACAUGUUGAGGCUGAUAAAAUAGAAGGAGUCGAUGAUGUUGACACUCACUACAUGGAGACAGGAAAAGCACAGUACAACGAAGACUCAGAUCAGGACCUCUUAGAAUAAGGUGGACGUUUCUCCCCACUCAAAGGCUCUUCAAGACUAAAUUUAACGCAGUCUUUCACGAUGCCUGGGCACUCCUGUUGCUCCCACAUGCUGAUUAACAUCUUCUUCUCACUUCUCCCUAUCCCCUGGUGGCUGGAGGACUCAGCAACAACUCACAUUGCUUCCUUGUACCAGUUGAGGCUCCCACAAAAAACGUGAACCGGUGGUUUUGGGGAGGGGGACAAACCCAGUGCAGAACAGAAGAAAGCCUCUGGGGGUCCACGGAGAGCUUUUGUUGUAUCUGUCACAAAGAGUUCUGUAAAGACCAUUGAGGCUGAAUAUGUGCCCUGUAUGUUUCCUUUCCUGCUGACCUGAGAAAAGAUGGUCUCUCAUAUCAUGAUGCACUGCAGAAGCACCGCACAGAGGCUACGACUUGCAUAUACAGGCUUAUAGAAAAUGUUAUAAAGAGUUAGGGAACAGCCAAACAACAGAACACAGAAAAAAAAAAUAGCAUUUUAGGUCAGAGAUUAUGUCUGCUGUCAAUUAAGUAGUUUUUGUACUCUGUAAAUUUAAAACUUGCAAGAUACAGUCCUGUUGUGAAUGGCGGCCAUUUUAACAUUCAUUUUGUCAGCUUCACCAGUCACCGAAAUUAGCACUUUUCAUUUUAAUAGCAACUACUGAGAGCAGUAAUGCCUCCUUUAAUGUUACUGGCCACUAUUUAUGACUAGUGGUGUUUCUGUUUUUACCAUACACAGUCUGGUUUUUACAGGUACAGAAUUUUAAUAGAAUCCCAUCAGGUGAUGAACCUUUCAGUACACUGUAGUGGCUUUUAUAUAUAACAGCAAUAUCUAUUUAAUAGAAACUGUUCUUUGUUAGGUAAUAUAUGAUAAUAAUAUAUAUAUAUAUAAUAAUUACAAAUAUUUUAAUAGCCCAAUAUUAUCAGUCAGAAACAUUUUUGUUUUUACCAUUUUAACUAUUAGUAAAUAGUUUAAAUUGAUAGACGAGUUAGAUUAAGAUGUGACUAGAAGAGAGUAACUAAAAUAACAAAAAUAAUACUUUUAGAUAGUUGUUAUUGAAAAUAAAAAAGUUAUUAGUAAAAAACAAAUUAGUGACUGACUACUAGUGCUUAUUUGAGACAAAUUUGUAACUAUUAAUAGCUACCAGAUAAAUGAUGUUGACUAACAAGAAUAACAAUAAAAGAAAUCACCAAGAAAUAACUGCUGGUCUCUAAUUUUUAGUGCCUAGUGAAACUUUUGGAAUUAACGUUAAAAGGGCCUGCCAUUGUUGUCAAGAUAUAAGAUGUUAACUAAUUUUUUGUACAGUGCAGCUUCAUACAACCAAUAUCUUCUACUCCCCUGUAUGUGUGGUGAACAUAAAAGACUUGAAUUAUUGCCAAAGCACUUUUAUUGUUUAGUUGUCUAAUUUUAGUGGUGAGGUUGUAGAGGUGAAACCUAACCUCAGCCCAGAGUAUGUAGGUAAUGCGACUCCAAACCCUUUACUUGAACUUUCUGAUAUUUUUGCUUAACAGGAUGCACCAAUAUGUUGCUGAUAAAUUCAUCAUCAUAUUUGCCAUUUACAAUAUGCACUUGUCUAAUGAUCUCAGUGCAUGUGCAGGCAUAAUCAUCAAGAUAAUCAAGUUUUUUUUUUUUUUUUUUUUAGAAACCAUGCUGUCUUGUUUCUGUUACUAAUAUGACAGAAAAGUCACAAAAUAGCUGGUCCACAGUCAGCUAAAGAAUUACAAACAUUUCCAGAAUUAUACCGAUCCUGCUUUUGUAAAGCUACUCUUAGCCAGUAUUGAUAUAUAUACUUCUGAUAUAUUGGUGCAUCCCAAUUUAAUAAUCUCACAGAUGUUGCGAAAUAUCCACAAUAACAGAACUAAUUUAUCAGAUUCAUUUUGUCUGGUGGCUGUAAAGAGCGUAAACUUUAUUAAAUUAAUUGACUUACAUCUUUUUCCCAGUAGAAAAUUGUUUAGAUGAGAUCCUGGCUGGCUACCAUUUCUAUUAUCUGCAAUAGAUACAAGAACUGUAACUUUUGACACGUGCAGGGCUUCUGGCCAAUGCUUGUUUUCUCCAGCAGAGUCAAUAAUAUCCCAGCGAAUAAGCUAUUGUAAUAAGCUGGCCUAAUGUAGAGGCAUAUUCUCAAGGACUGUUGGGUGGACUUUGUCAGAUAUGAAAGCAAAUUCAUAUGCUUGAUGCUUCUUUAUUUACACAACUGUCAGUAAGAACAAACCCAGCUAUUUACUGGAUUCAAUGAUUUAUUUUUGCACUGUAUCUACAGAUCUGUGAAAAAGUUGCAUUUGUCUAAUUUUGUAUUAGGGCCAUGGGUUGUGAUCUUCAUUCCAUCUUGUUAUCUUGACUGUUUGCUAGGAUAUCAGAGAUGAGUAUCUCUGAAUUAAACUAUUCUGUAGCACAGAUGUUUUAUAACAAUGUUUGCAUUUAUUGAACAAAAUAACACUUUCUGUUUUACAUCA